UGCUAUUUGUAAUACGAGGCUCUUCAUCUGGCCGUUGGCUGUCGAACGAGAGCAAUAUGAAUCCGCCUCGUAGUUGUCCAACAUGAGGAGGUUAUGAAGCUUCGUGUCGACUGUUGGACGCGCUGCAAGUUGCGAUUCACAACGACCCCACGGUAUGUAACCGCGUUAGGUCUUGGCUAACGACAUGGAGUAUACAGUUGUUUGCACGUUGCAACAUGUGAACAUGUGCCGAGCUUACGCGCAAUCCUGAAUCAGAUCAUUCAUCGAUACGCCGUCACUUGUGGUCCAGACUUAUGAUCUGCUGCGCCACAACGUUUUUUGAAAAUCCUGAAGGCGUUCGGUAGAGGCAUCCAAAGGUACCACUUCUUUAUAAACCCACACCCCAAAGAUCAAUAUCCUCAUGUGCUCUCAGGUCUGAGGUACUACAAGGGAGAUCAUGAAGCUACUGACGGUUGCGAACUCCCGACAAUCUAUUAUAUCUAUCUCUCAUGUUUCAACCAUGUUAAUCCUCUAUAUUCUUAGCACGAGACCUACAACAAGUAGAUGCGGGCUGAGCCGGAUGUGGCGCGAUUUCAUGACAGUAAUCAAGUCUCACUGUCGAUCUUGCUGUGCUACUACGGCAGUACUUCUGUUCCUGUGUGACCUCUUCAUUGUUUGUGUGUUUUGUAUCCGUCAGCUUCAUACGCAUAUAUGGACAAGGAUGCCAGAAGAGACGCAUAGAGCUCUGUUAUUCGCAAGCACUGACCAAGGGCGCCCUUUCCCUUUCAUAGGACUCUAUCCAAGAUCAGGAUCCUGAGAUCUGGGAUUGAGUUGCUACGCGAUAUGAUCGUCGAACAAAGGCCAGACUGGGUGUGUGCGUGGUGGAGACAAGAGAUUUAUGCGACAAGGCGAGAGCAGUAUUGACGAAGGAACGAGGAUUCAACGUUUGGGAUGAAA